GAGCUGGUAGUUAUUUGAGGUGGAUUGUGGCAACCAACAAAGAAAGAAGAAAAGAGAAAGUUAAAGAAACUAAACAUGUGUGUGUGUGUUAUAAGAAAGCAACAGGUACGAGGGAGUUUGAAGAAAGACUUGAUUGAAAGCCGACGAUGACAAAAUAAUUGAGGAAGGAAAGGAAACUUCCAUCUCUCUCUCUCUCUCUCUCUCUCUCUCUCUCUCUCUCUCUCUCUCUCUCUCUCUCUCUCUCUCGUUUGUGUGCUCCUUGCUACUACUGAUUUACCUCAUCACUCAUCAACAGUUUUUCUGGUGAUGUCAAAUUUCAGUUUGUAUCGUCAGCACCAGAAAUUAGGGAAUUAGGGUUUGAGAAUUGUGACUGGUUUGGAAAUUAGGGUUUGAGAAUUGUGUUUCAAUUAUGAAUGGUGGCUUUUUGAGUAGUAUUUUGGACAUUGAAUCUUCAUUUCAAAGACACCAACAGACUCAGUUAGGUAAUUCAUCUGGUCAACAAGAUAUGAAUAUCAUGCCUGGUUUGGAAAAUAAGAAUCAAUUUGAUACAAUUGAAGUCAAAAAUUUGAAUAUGGGGUUGACUUUUGGUAAAGGUAAGGGAAUUGCUAGUUCUAAUCCUGAUAAUAGUAAUGACAUGAGCGAAGACGAUGAGCAGGGUUAUGCUGAAGAUGGGAAUUGCGAGAAUUUUUACGAUGGUGGUAAAGGUAAAAAGGGGGGAUCGUCUCCUUGGCAGCGGAUGAAGUGGACGGAUAAUGUGGUUGGACUUCUUAUAGCGGUAGUGAGUUGUGUUGGUGAUGAUGGUACAAUCGGUGGUGUGGAUGGGGGUGUUAAAAGGAAAUCUGUGGUUUUACAGAAGAAGGGUAAGUGGAAAACUGUUUCCAAGAUAAUGAUAAGUAAAGGUUGUCAUGUGUCGCCGCAACAGUGUGAGGAUAAAUUUAAUGACUUGAAUAAGAGGUAUAAGAGAUUGAAUGAGAUACUUGGUAGGGGAACUUGUUGCCAAGUGGUUGAGAAUCCUGCGUUGAUGGAUUCAAUGCUUAACUUGUCUGCUAAGGCUAAGGAUGAUGUUAGAAAGAUAUUGAGCUCGAAACAUUUGUUUUAUAAGGAAAUGUGUGCAUACCAUAAUGGACAAAGGAUACCAAAUAGCCAUGAUCUUGACUUGCAUAGUUAUUCGUUGGAACAUGGGAAGGACUCGAGAGAUAACGAUGGCUCUGAGGAUGAAGAUGAGGAUAACCAUGAAAGCGAGGAAGAUGACUUGGAUAAUGGAAUUAAUAUUAAUAAUGCACAUGGGGGUGGAGGGAGAAUGGAGGAGUUUUGCGAUGGAAAUAAGUUAAGUGAGGAUGAUGGCCACUUUUGGCCGCAAUCUGUUGGGAUGGCAAAACUUGAGGUUGAAAUGGCAAGGGUUUUUCAAGACCCUGCAAAGUCGCCGUGGGAGCGAAGAGAGUGGAUUAAGGUACAGCUGUUGAAGCUUGAAGAGCAAAAUGUGGAGUACCAAGCCAGGGCUUUUGAACUUCAGAAACAGCGGUUUAAGUGGUUAAGAUACUGCAGCAAGAAGGAUAGGGAGCUGGAGAAGAUGAGGAUGGAGAACAAGAGAAUGAAAUUGGAAAAUGAGCGCAGAAUCUUGAAACUGAAGCAGAGAGAGCAGGAGGCAGACUUCAGUAGGUCUGAGAUGUCCUUAGACCCUACUUCCAUUGGUAUCAACCGGCCACGAGGGAGGGAACAUAUCAACUUGGCUAGGCAGCAGUAGCUCCUAGAAAGGAUCGAUCAUCAUUGCUUAAAUAAUGUAUGAAAUCAAACCCUUUUGAAAGAUGUUUCAUAAUUUGUUAAAACAGUUAGACUAACUUAGCAGGUUAUAUAUGUCUUAUCUGUAUAGAAGUUAUUGGCCUUGAAAAUGAAUGCUAUAUUUAUUUGUUCUUGGGUUUUAACUAAAUAUGGUUGAGAAGUGAGUUUACUAUAGAUAUUAAAAACUUAUGCAGUGCCGAAACAUUAAAAACUGAGUACAGAAGUGUAACCUACUAGUUGCACGCUUCAAAUAAUUUAAUUGUAAUAGUGUUAAAUUAUGUAACCAGAUCCCACAUGGAAAUAGAUUCUAUUUCCUCAUUCCAUUUCUUCAUUUCAUUACUAAUUAAAAAAGGUUUGGAGUAUAUAGAGAAUAUUUGGACUUCACUUAGUAUCACAUUAUGGUGUUUAUAUUCCCAAAAACUAUAAUAAGAUUUGUAGGGAGUAGGGACUGCUUUAUCAAUUUUUUUUUUGUAGGGACUGUAUUCCAAUGGCUACUAACUAACCUUUUCGUCGUGAUUUUCAAUUGCUUAAAGUGCAUGAAUGCAACACAAUGCAAUGUGAUUGCUAUGAAUUUUCGGAGCAUAUGGAAAGGUCGUAAUACAAAAGCCUGCAGCAAAAUACAAUUGCAACAGUGGCAUAUUAAGUUCCCACAUCCUAUCCUAUAUAUCUAAAGAAGAUUUUAGUCAAGAAAUGUGAUAUCUCUGUUAACCGAGUUUUGAACUUUGGUUCGCUAUAUUUUCCACUAGGCUUAACCCAGGCUAAGUUAUUAUUUACGAGUCUCAUGAUAAGAUUGCAUAAUUGCCGAGGGAAAUUUUAGAAAGAACAUCGUAUUAAGCGUAAGAAAGGAAUCUAGUGGUAAAAUAUCUAUUCUAUAUCGAAUCCAACUUAUCGCAUUAAUGGUAUACGAAUGGGACCAUAUACUUGAUCGAUCAAGUUUACAUGUUUGGAUAUCUCGAAUUUUUGCAGUCAACACAUCAUUGAUCAUUAAAUUGAAAUAUAACGGUUCAUAUUUGAAGUUUGAGAUUUUGAUUUUUCUAAAAAUAUCGAAAUCUUUUUUUUUUUUUGUGAACUGUGAACUGAAUCCAACAAACACCAAAGCAUUGACUUUGAAUGUAUGAAUGAAUAUCCCUACCAAAUAGUAAUAGUGUACUAGUAUAAAAAAUAAAACUCCAAAGCAAUUGUACCAUGAUGUCAUUGAAAAGAAAAAUAUGUAAUUAUAUAUUGAGCUGUCAA